GAGGUCAGCAGGAAGUCGAUACGUGGCCGCCGCCUGUCCCCCGCCGAGGAGGCGCUGCGAGCGGAGAUGGCGGCGCAGCUGAACGUAGAGCAACUCGAGGUGUCGCUCGACGGCCUCACGCUGAGCCCGGACUCUGAGGAGCGGCCCGGCGCGGAGGGUGCUCCGCUGCUGCCGCCGUCGCCGCCCUCGCACCCCGAGGCUGGACAGGGCUCGGGCGCUGCGGGGCAGCGGCGGGAGCCCGGGGAGGCGGCGGCUGAGGGCGCGGCCGAGGAGGCGCGGCGGAUGGAGCAGCACUGGGGCUUCGGCCUGGAGGAGCUGUACGGCCUGGCGCUGCGCUUCUUCAAAAUAAAAGGUGGCAAAGCCUUUCAUCCAACUUAUGAAGAAAAACUGAAGUUUGUGGCGCUGCAUAAGCAAGUUCUCUUGGGCCCGUAUAACCCAGACACUUGCCCUGAGGUUGGAUUCUUUGAUGUGCUGGGGAAUGACAGGAGGAGAGAAUGGGCAGCCCUGGGAAACAUGUCCAAAGAGGAUGCCAUGGUUGAGUUUGUGAAGCUCCUGAACAGGUGCUGCCCUCUCCUCUCAGCAUAUGUCGCAUCCCACAGAAUAGAGAAGGAAGAAGAGGAAAAAAGAAGGAAGGCAGAGGAGGAGCGAAGGCAGCGUGAAGAGGAGGAGCGAGAGCGGCUGCAGAAGGAAGAGGAGGAGCGGAAGCGAGAGGAGGAGGAGCGGCUGAGGCGGGAGGAAGAAGAGAGGAGGCGAAUAGAAGAAGAGAGGCUUCGGCUAGAACAGCAAAAGCAGCAGAUAAUGGCAGCUUUAAACUCGCAGACUGCCGUGCAGUUCCAGCAGUAUGCCGCCCAGCAGUAUCCAGGGAACUACGAACAGCAGCAGAUUCUCAUCCGCCAGCUGCAGGAGCAGCACUAUCAGCAGUACAUGCAACAGUUGUAUCAAGUCCAGCUUGCACAGCAACAGGCAGCAUUACAGAAGCAACAAGAAGUAGUAGUGGCUGGGGCUUCAUUGCCUACAUCAUCAAAAGUGAAUGCAACUGGGACAAGUGAUAUGAUGUCAGUUAAUGGACAGGCCAAAACCCACACCGAUAAUUCUGAGAAAGAACUUGAGCCAGAAGCUGCAGAAGAAGCCUUGGAAAAUGGACCAAAAGAAUCUCUUCCAGUGAUUGCAGCUCCAUCCAUGUGGACAAGACCACAGAUCAAAGACUUUAAAGAGAAGAUUCGGCAGGACGCAGACUCUGUGAUCACAGUACGCCGUGGAGAAGUAGUUACUGUCCGAGUCCCCACUCAUGAAGAAGGAUCAUAUCUCUUUUGGGAAUUUGCUACAGACAGUUACGACAUUGGGUUUGGGGUUUAUUUUGAAUGGACAGACUCUCCAAACGCUGCUGUCAGUGUGCAUGUCAGUGAGUCCAGUGAUGAUGAAGAGGAGGAGGAAGAAAACGUUACUUGUGAAGAGAAAGCCAAAAAGAAUGCCAACAAGCCUCUGCUGGAUGAAAUUGUGCCUGUGUACCGGCGGGACUGUCAUGAGGAAGUGUAUGCAGGCAGUCACCAAUAUCCAGGGAGGGGAGUCUAUCUCCUCAAGUUUGAUAACUCCUACUCCCUGUGGAGGUCCAAGUCAGUCUACUACAGAGUCUAUUACACUAGAUAAAGCC